AUGAGCCGGCGAGGGAGCUCUCGAGCUAGAUCAAGCUCAUCCCAAGUUAGUCUCCAACGAGUUGCUACAGCUAAUUCACAUGAGCAAUAUCAAAAUACAGAGCUACAGAACCUGGAGGAGGAAUUGAAGAUAAACAAUCUAAAGGCCGAAUUACUUGCAAAGCAGAUUGAAAUCAAGAAAAGAGAACGUGAGCUACGUGAGUUAGAGUUAGAAAAUGGAGGACAGCAUUAA